AUGACAUCGGCUUGGAGAGCUGGCCAUUAUCUUGUCAAAAACGAUGAUGAUCUCAGAGAAUUCUGUCUGGCACAGAAGUUCAAUGAUCUGGAAUGCCAAAUGGGCGCUGAUUUGUUAAACCCAUUUGGAUCAGUGGCAUAUGAAGACCAUGACAACGAUGAAGAGCUCACCCAAAGUUCACAGCCCCAAGGAAACCCCACAUCAUCCAUGACAUCGACGUUCGAACUAUCAGACCUAGCAGAUAACAAAUGUGCACGUCGUAAUGGUCUCAGCUGUACCGUUGGGUUGCCAGAUGGGAAGCAAGUACAUAAGGCAAGGGUCCUAUGUGAGUUCACAAAGUACUCAAGGGAAUCAAACUCCAUGGACCGUUUGAGGAGAGUGGCAAAUGUCUCAAAAUUUGCCCAACUCACACCGAUACUGGCCCAUUGUGUGGGAGAUGGUUCAGUAACCGAAACACAGUGCAUCCUAAUCCAAGAUCCCAUUGCGACGAUUUUACGAUGCGAAGGAGUCCCUUUCCUGGCAAUCGCUCAAGUCAAUUCAAUCAAGGUUGACGGAAGUCCCCAGACAUAUGUGGACAAAGAAAUGCUCCCUGAAAGGACGGUUCUGGUUGGUGUCCAGAUCCUCAGCCUGAAGCCGGCAAACGUACAGUUGUUGGAUGGGAAGGAGGGUGAUUGGGUGUGGGAAUGUGGGAAUGAUGCAAGCCUCAUAGUUCCUGGAAAAUAUCUCCAACAGAUUAGCCCAGAACUAGUUUUAGAACAUGGAGGGACCUUACCAAGUCCCACCGCAUAUGGAUUCCGGAGUGAUGAAUUGCGCGAUCUUGCCACAACAAUGUUUCAAGGCCUCACCCCGGAAGAUGUCUGUGGACUCAUUGAAACCCAAUUGACAGAAAGUUUCCCAUAUAAAAUCGAAGGCAAGCAUUCACAGACAGGCAAGAAGAAUUUAUAG